AUGGCCGUGCAAGCGCAGUUCAGCGGCCUCGCCGGGUGCCUGCUUCCCUACGGCGGCGGUGGCAGCGGCGGGUUGGCCGAGGAGCAGCUGCAGGCGCUCCUGUCAGCCGCCGCCGCGGGCAACAAGCAGGCCCAGCAGUACCACUGCGCGGCCGGCGUGGCCAGCGCCGUGCAGAGCGACCUGACCUGCAACGGCGGCGGCGGCGGAGGCGUGUUGGCGUCGCGGAAGCGCGGCAGGGACGGCGACCUCGAGCAGUACCACCACGUGCCGUCCUCGUCCGCCGCGCUGCUCCCGAUCCCAGGGGUGGUGGUGCAUCAGAAGCCUCCGGCGGCGACGGCGGGGAGCAUCGCGAGCAGCCGGAUGGCGGACUCCGUGGCGGCGUCGACCAGCGGGCGCGGCCCGCUAUGGACGGCGGACGCGCUGUUGGCAGCGGAGCUGUGCCAGCAGCAGGGCGCGGCGGAGGUGGACGCGCUGGUGCGCGCCGGGUCCGAGCGCCUGCGGGCGGGGCUGGAGCGGGCGCGGAAGCGGCAGUGCGAGGCGCUGGCGCGCGCCGCCGCGGCGGGCGCCGCGGGCGCGCUGCGUGAGAAGGAGCGCGAGCUGGACGCCGCCCGCCGCCGCGCGCAGGAGCUGGAGGAGCGGCUAAGGCAGGCGGCCGCCGAGACGCAGGCGUGGUGCGGCCUGGCGCGCAGCAACGAGGCCGCCGCGUCGGGCCUGCGCGCCACGCUCGACGCGCUGCUCCUCCGCGCCGGCGUCGGUGGUGGUUGCGGUACGGCGCAGCACGCCGCGGCCGAGGAGGAGGGAUUCGGCGAGUCCGGCGGCACGGACGGCGCGGAGUCGUGCUGCUUCGUCGACGCGGCCGAGGACGCGAUGCCGCCGGCCCCGGCGGCGAAGUGGGCGUGCAGGGCGUGCGGCGGAGGCGAGGCGUCGGUGCUGCUGCUGCCGUGCCGGCACCUGUGCCUGUGCAAGGCGUGCGAGCCGAGGGCGGACGCCUGCCCCGUCUGCUCCGGCGCCAAGAACGCGGCCAUCCACAUCGCGCCCAACUGA